AUGGGGGUGGUUGAGCAAAUUCGGUUGAAAUCCUCAUUGGACACUUCAUGGGAAUCACUAAAAGAUCAGAGGAAGAUUCCCAAUGGCCUCUACCUCUUCUCUAAAAUCGACCCUCUAGAGGUUGUUGCACACUAUCUGCAGGAUCUGGCCAGCCAAGGAGUCGACAUCUCAGAGUUCUCUAUGGAUUGGCUGCCUGAUCAUCCACCAAACUUCAUGAAGAAACAACGAGAGCCCUCUGAGAAGUCAAAGAAGGCCAAGAAGGAAAAGUUGGGGGAACCUUCUGUAUCAAGACCUCCGAUACCUCUGAUCGAAUCUCCAAAAGCCAACAUUUUCCCACCAUCUGAACAACCACCAACACCACCAUCUGAACAAACACCAACACGACCAUAUGAAAAACCAACACCACCACCAUCUAAACAACCACCAACACCACCAUCUGAACAACCAACAACACCACCAUAUGAACAACCACCAACAUCACCACCUGAACAACCAACAACACCACCAUCUGAAACUCCCAUUGUAACACCCUCUGAGAACACUGUUCUCCCUACCUCUGAACCUCCCGCUGAAACUACCUAUACACCACCAGCAUCUCCAUCCCCCACUCUCGAACCAUAA